CUUCUCUUUCUCAGUUAUCAUAUCAGGUUGAGAAAAGACACAAUGGCCGAGUGGAACAUUCUAACCGCGACAGCCACGCAGCUGACUCGCCUCCUGCAGCAAGGCCACACCACCAGCGUGGCCAUCGUGCAAGCCUACCUGGCGCAGAUCGACCAGCACAACCGUACCGGCCUGCAGCUGCACGCCCUAAUCUCCCUCAACCCGGCGAUCGCCCUCGCGCAAGCCGCAGACCGCGACCGCGAACGCUCCCAAGGCCGAAUCCGAAGCCCCCUCCACGGGAUCCCGAUCAUCGUCAAAGACGCGGUCAUCACCUCGCGAUCCCUGGGCCUCCCCACCACGGCCGGCGCCGUCGCCUUCCGCGACACCUACGGGCGCGAAAACGCAGCCAUCAUCUCCCGUCUCCUGGACCAGGGGCUCAUCAUCCUCGGAAAGUCCAGCAUGACGGAGUUCUGCGGACUGAAAGCCACAUGCAUGACGGCGGGCUGGUCCGCGAUCAACGGACUGACCCAGUCGCCGUUCAUCGCGGGCGGAUUCCGUGAAGAUGAUCUGUUCAUCGGGCGCUCGGGGCCCGGGGGCUCGUCGUCGGGUUCGGCCGUGGGGGUCGCCGCGGGAUUCGCCCCGUUGGCGCUGGGCACGGAGACCUCCGGGUCGGUUUGUAUGCCUGCGAAUCGCGCGGGACUGUAUUCUGUUACCCUGACGCAGGGGUCUGUGGAUCUCAAUGGGGUGUUUGCGUUGAGUAGGGAUUUUGAUAAGCUGGGGGUGAUGGGCAAGUGUCCCCAGGAUUUGGGGGUCUUGGUGGAGGUUAUUCGUGGUGGACGGAUGAAGGGAUCUGUCGGCGGGGGGUGGAGCGAUGUCUCGGUGGGGUUUGUUGAUCCAUUGGUGUGGGAUGCGUUUGGGUUUCAGAAGACGGCUGAUCCCGUUGUCGAAAAGCAGAUUCUUGAUGGAUAUGCCUGGGCCCGAGAGCAGAUCGCUCGUCUGGGAGGUAGGGCUGUCUAUCCCGUGGAUCUCCCGACCAUGGAGAGCCUUCAGUUUGAUGGUCAGAGUGUGAAUUAUUCGGUCGCCUUCUAUGAGUUCCCGAAACUGUUUGAGUGGUUCUGCUCUCUACUGGAGAACCCUAGGGUACGAUCGGUGCCGGAAUUGAUCGAGUUCAACGCGCAUCAUGCUUCGACUGCACUGCCGCCACCACACACCGAUCAAGACGACCUUCAGAAAACACUAGAAUCCAACUUGGAUGAAGAGACUGCGGCAGCGGCAAAAGCCCAUGCACGUCGCCUUGCCGGACCAGAGGGCAUCGAUGCGACGCUGCAGCAACACGGGAUCGAUGUUAUUGUGGGACCGGGCGACUGUGCCAUCUGUGCGGUUGCUGCUCUGGCCGGAUACCCCACAGGCAUGGUUCCUCUCGGGCGUCUGGAGGGGCCCGGUGGACUAGGACAACCGCAGGGAUUGAUGUUGGUUGGCCCCAAGGGGGGUGAAGGCAAACUACUCGAGUUUAUGCGUUUGUGGGAGGAUGUUGUGGGUGACUGGAGGGUUCCACCUUUGCUUGGUUGAGAGGGGAUUGGGCUGGUCGGAUGUAAGUCUUCUCUGAUGACAUGGCUCAUCAUGAUUAUUG